AUGUCAUUAGUUGAAUUGGUAAAAUUAUGCUUGCGAUCCAACAUAAUCCUUCGACGUUUGACAGGCAUUCCAGAGACAGCAUCAGAAAGACGUCGAACAGAAGGCGUAGACUCAUCAGAUAUACCGUUCUCCUGCUGUGAAGCAUCAGUAGAAGCACACAUUUGGACAACAUCUGACGCGACAACUUCGGCCCAUUCAGGGGGGAAAGCCUCAGGAAUCGGUGGGUAG